UGUGGAUCGUGGCCAUGGUGGGCCUGAGCUUGGCCUGGCUGCCCGUGGUGGAGGCGGCCCGAGGGGGGAAACUCUUCGACUACAUCCAGGCCAUCUCCAGCUACCUGGCCCCGCCCGUCGCCGCCGUCUUCUUCCUCGCUGUCUUCGUGCCCCGCGUCAACGAGCCCGGCGCGUUUUGGGGUCUGCUGGGGGGUCUGUGCCUGGGCCUGUCCCGUUUGGUGCCCGAGUUCGCCCUGGGGGAUUUGGGGGGAGGGUCCUGCGGGACCCCCGGGCGCUGCCCCCGCGCCCUCUGCGGCCUCCACUACCUGCACUUCGCCGUCCUCCUCUUCCUCGCCACCGCCGGGGUCACCCUGGGGGUGUCCCUCUGCCACCCCCCCAUCCCCAAAAAACAC